UGCACGCGCCCCUGCACAGUAUGGAGUCUGCUACCACAAGCCGUGAAGCUGACCGGCCGGCGGCGGCCUCGUCGACGCCGCUCUCACCCACCCGCAUCUCUCGCCUGCAGGAGAAGCAAGACCUGCAGCACCUCAACGACCGGCUGGCCGUCUACAUCGAGCGGGUACGCUCCCUGGAGCUGGAGAACGACCGGCUGCUGGUGAAAGUGUCCGAGAAAGAGGAGGUCACCACCAGGGAGGUGCGCCGCCUGAAGCAUCUGUAUGAGACCCAGUUGGCAGACACUUGUCAGGCUCUGGACGAAACCGCAAAGCAGCACGCUCGGCUACAGAUCGAUCUGGGCAAAGCUCAGGCGGAGUUGGAAGAGGCCACACGCAGUGGCAAGAAGAAGGAUGGGGACCUGGCGGCGGCCAUGUCGCGGGCAGGGCCGCUGGAAAUUCAGCUGAACCAGAGUGCGGCUGCGCUGUCCACGGCGCUCAGCCAGAACGCCGCGCUCUCCGCCGACCUGCUUGAAGUCAAGAAUCUUCUGGCUAAGGCAGAGGACAGCCACGCCAUCGCCAAGCGGCAGCUGGAGGCAGAAACCUUGCGGCGUGUGGACUUGCAAAACCGCUGCCAGACUCUCAACGAGGAUCUGGAGUUCAGGAAGACCGUUUAUCAGGAGGAAGUUCGCGAAUCUCGCUGCAGCCAAAAGCAGAGAAUUGUUGAGGGGGACUCAGGAUCCAAGCAGGACUAUGAGUUCAAACUUGCACAAGCUUUACAGGACCUGCGCGAGCAGCACGAUGAGCUAGUGUCUCAGUACAAGGGCGAACUGGAGCAGACCUUCCAGGCCAAGCUGGACAACGCCAAGGUGUCGUCUGCAAUGAACGACAAGGCCAUGUGCACAGCCCGAGAGGAGGUGCAGGAGUCUCGAACGAGAAUUGAAACUCUGAGCUAUCAGCUGAGCGCCCUGCAGAAACAAGCAGCCGCCGCCGAGGAUCGUGUCCGGGAGCUGGAGGACAUCUUGGCAUCGGAGCGGGACAAGUACCGGCGCGUCAUGGAGGUCAAUGAGGACGAGAUGAACGACCUGCGCGAGCGCAUGAACGCGCAGCUCUCUGAGUACCAGGAGCUGCUGGACGUCAAGCUCACAGUGGACAUGGAGAUCAAUGCCUACAGGAAGCUCCUGGAUGGCGAGGAGCACAGGCUCAAGCUGUCUCCCAGCCCAUCUUCCCGCGUCACCAUCUCCAGGGUGACAGGCUCAUCCUCGUCCCGCACCUCCAAACGAAGGAGGACAGACCUGGAGUCGGGCGACCACAAGCGUGGCGAGGAGCUGCUGCUGGCGUCUGAGGAGGAUGCGGCGAGCGGCGGCGUCUCCAUCUCGCCCACCGACAUGGACGGCAACAAGGUCACGCUGGCCAACGACACGGAGCAGGACCAGCCGUUGGGGAACUGGAGACUGAAGAGACAAGUGGACGACGCUGUCGAGAUCGUCUACAAGUUCUCACCAGAGUUUGUUCUCAAGGCCGGACAGACUGUCACGGUGGGGUUUGCACAUGCUGACGUGGCCCAACGUCUGCCCACUGAUCUCCUGUGGAAAAGCCAAGCUUCCGGGGGCACAGGAAGUGACAUUACCAUCACCUUGGUGAACUCUGACGGCGAGGAAGUGGCCAGACGCAGUGUCAGCAAGAAGGUGGAGAAUGGAGAAGAAGAACAGGAGGACGACGACGACGAGGAGCCAAUUGCGCACAAGAAGGCCAAAAUAGCGUCCAGGGAGUGCGCCGUCAUGUGAAGCCUCGGCAGCAAGCGUCGGAGCUUCCUUGUGCUGUCCGUCGUAUCCAAGCAAAUUCCUGCUUGUUUGUUGGGCUGCUGCCGCGUUUUGAUUGUAGCCCUCCUAUGUUUGCCCUCGUGUUUGAUUAGUUGUUGUUGGCCGCCGGACUCUCCUCGUAGAUCUCUCUCGCUCUUUUUUUAUUUUUUUUAUUAGUUUUUGCCACCUUGAUGAAGGGCUUCCGUUGUGCCGUCAACAUACCAUCACAAGUGGUGGUUUUUAACCUUUUUUUCCCUCUUUUAUUUUGUUCAUGUAUCUCGCCAUUUGAUUUUAGUGUGCGCCCAACUGAGCGGCCGCACGCAGUUUGAUCAUCACCUUGCUUCUGUCAAUUUUUUUAGAGCUACUCGAGACUGACAUUAAUUGUUCCUUUGAGCAGCUCCAAUGUAUACAACACUACAAAGACAAAAAGAAAUUGUUGCAUCCGUAGGGGCGGAAAAUUCCUCAAAGUUUUUCAGUAAAUUUACAUGGAGGAUCAAAGAACAAUUUCAAAUUGGAAACUUUCCAGUUUAAGUGGGAAUUGCAGGUGAUUUAAUGGAAAGCUACACAGUCAAAAAUCUAAAGCGGGGCUGGGAUGCACGAAUUAAUUAAUCAUAGCUCACCUGUCCACCUGUCUUUUAGCAAUAGAUAUGACGUUAGAGAAUGUGAUAAAAUGUUGAACAUAAGCACCCAACUUAUAGUCAGUGCCUGAGAGACCUGUAUUGUUAUGUCCGGGGGGGGGGGGGCUGUCAUUUUAACUGAACUUUUGUACCCACAAUAAAUGUUUUACAUUUACUCAA